UUUCCUCGAAAGUUCCAUUUUUUCCCCCUGUAAAAUGUGUUAAAACGAAAAAAAAAAACAUAACCCCUCAAAUAUAAAGACAAAGCUCUCUCAAGUCAAGCUCUCAACUGUGUUCACAAGAACUUUCGCACCGCUUUCUUCUCUUCGCUGAAAAGUCCUUUCAAACUCUCUUUAUCCUCCGUGUCCAUGGACGCUCUCCUUCAAGUUUCUGUAGAUGGUUUCAGAUUCGACGGAUCUGGAUCCGGAUCUUGCUGCAAACCUAGAAACAACCUCGAGACUCAGAACCAGUCUUCCCCACCGACAGAUUCUCCACCGUCGAUAUGUCAGGACAACGCUCCCGUUCUCAAGUACAUUAACGACAUGCUGAUGGACGAAGAAGACUUCGUGGAAGACAAUUUAGCCUUAGAAGCCGCCGAGAGAUCCUUCCACGAGCUACUCCACCAACCACCACCUUCCGAGUCUUCUGACCAGAACUUAACUUCCUCCGGCGACCAAGACUGCAGCUUCCCCAGCACAACAACAACAACAACAGAUUCAGCAGGGUCGCUUGUUUCCAACGGAGAGUCUCAGAGAAAGUACCGCCACCGAAACGACGAAGAAGACGAUCUCGAGAACGGGAGGAGAAACAAACAGCCAGCGAUCUUUGUAUCAGAGAUGGAAGAGCUAGCAGCGAAGUUCGAGCACGUGUUGUUGGUAUGCAAAUCAAAUCAAGAAGACUCUUCAUCAUCAACAACAACAACAACAAAGAAACAGAAUCCUCCUCCACCGAACAAAGCAGCAGGACGAGCAAAAGGUUCCAAGGCCAUUAAAUCCAACGCCGUUGAUCUCCGUAGUCUCUUGACUCAAUGCGCGCAAGCCGUAGCGAGCUUUGACCAUCGCCGCGCUACGGAGAAGCUCAAGGAGAUAAGAUCAAACUCCUCUAACAGCGGAGACGGGAUACAAAGACUAGCCUUCUACUUCGCGGAAGCCUUAGAAGCGCGCAUCACAGGCAUCAUCUCGCCGCCGCUUUGCACCGCGUUUCCUUCGAGCACGACGUCUAUGGUCGACAUCUUGAAGGCUUACAAGCUCUUCGUCCACGUUUGUCCCAUCUACGUAGCCGACUACUUCGCUGCAAACAAGUCGAUCUACGAGCUCGCCUUGAACUCGACCAAGCUUCACAUCAUCGACUUUGGAGUUCUCUACGGCUUCCAAUGGCCUUGUCUGUUACUAGCACUGUCCAAAAGACCUGGUGGACCUCCAAAGCUACGCGUGACAGGAAUCGAGCUGCCCCAGUCCGGUUUCCGACCUUCGGACAGGGUCGAGGAGACUGGUCGGAGGUUGAAAAGGUUCUGCGAUAUGUUUAAUGUUCCGUUCGAGUUCAACUUCAUAGCCAAGAAAUGGGAAAGCAUCACUCUCGACGAGAUAACCAUCAUCCCAGGAGAGACAACCGUCGUCAACUGCAUCCACCGGUUACAAUACACUCCUGAUGAGACUGUCUCACUGGACUCACCGAGAGACACGGUCCUGAAGCUCUUCAGAGACAUCAACCCCGACCUCUUCGUGUUCGCGGAGAUCAACGGGACGUACAACUCUCCCUUCUUCAUGACGAGGUUCAAAGAAGCGCUCUUCCACUUCUCCUCCCUCUUCGACAUGUUCGACACCACCAUACAGGCCGAGGACGAGUACAAGAACAGGGCUCUCCUGGAGAGGGAGCUGCUUGUGAGGGACGCCAUGAGCGUGAUCUCCAGCGAAGGAGCUGAGAGGUUCGCGAGGCCUGAGACGUACAAGCAGUGGCGCGUUAGGCUACUGAGAGCGGGGUUUAGGCCUGCGAUGAUAAGCAGAGAGAUCUUGAAGGGAGCUAAGGAGAUUGUGAGGAAACGUUACCAUAAAGACUUUUUGAUUGAUGGUGAUGGUAACUGGAUGCUUCAGGGGUGGAAAGGGAGAGUCAUCUAUGCUUUUUCUUGCUGGAGACCUGCGGAGAAGUUAACAAGAGACGAUCAUAUAAUCAUUUGAAAAGUUUUUACUUCUUCUGCUGGUCUAUUGCUUCAUUAUUUUGUUUGCCACAAUGGUUUUGUAGAAUCUGUUUGUUGCUCAUGAAUGGAAUGCAUAUCUCAUCUUCCUGCAAGUACAUGUAUAUAUAUAGUAAUCAUGGAUUUGAAAAGAAAAAAAAUUUGUUUCAUCAUA